AUGUCGCCCAAUCGCCCGAACUUCAUCGACCUUCGGGCCCCCUCGAGCAUGUCCAACGUUUCAAGACCGCUGCGAUCCCCAAGACUUCAUGUUGCAGGCGAGGCACCUCCCGAAUUAUCGCCUCUCGAUGCCUUCGCCUUGCAGAGUCGCCUCUUGGCGAGGCAGUUGCAAGCUGCUGCCAGUGGCGACGGAAGACGAAUGAGCCGACUCCCACCUCUGACGACUGAGAGCCCUCUCGUGGUCCAAGGCCGAUCAGAUUAUUUCCGCUCAAUGUCCAACGACUCUGGCUCCGACGAGAUGGCGCUUCCUGAGCUUCAGAACCCGGGAUUGGGAUUGAGAACAGAGAUGGAGGAUGCUUUCCCGUCCGAGAAGGACCGCCCGAGAUCAGUUCACCCGCGAAUGAGUCGAAUCCCGCCUACGCCCGACGAGAACGUUCCUUUACCUUCGCACCCACAGCUCGACACGAUGCGCGGACGCCCGAUUGAUGCUCUUGAUGAAGAUGAGGACGAGACUACGUUUGGUGCCAGAAGGGAGCAAUCUCCUACGCCCAUGGAGCAGCCGCUGAGCGACUCCCACCUCCAGGCCUCACCCCCGCGAAAGGACCUUUCUCUGCCUCUUCGCUCGCCUGCCCGCUCACGCGAGAACUCAUUAACGGGAUCCCCUGGCAAGCCGAAGGGACGCUCUUUCGACGGCCCCGGUCUGGCUCCUCCGAGACCCAACUUCAUAGCACGAUCAACGAGCUCCAUGUCUUCGCCUCUGGACAAUGCCACCGACGACAACUCGAUGAGCAACUCUAUCCAGUCUCUUCCUCCACGCAAGCUCUCGAGCAGCAGCGCCUUCGCAAUGGCAGGUGUGUCUCCCGGCCUUGGUCCAGGUCCCUUCCAGCGUUCUCCAUCGGUCAGCUCCGAAGCUUCUAUGGCUCUGCCACGGCCUUCUUUCAACUUCUCGCGACCGAUGAGUCGCGCAGGUACCCCCGGACUGGAAACACCCACCCGCCAAGCUUCAUCAGAUAGCCAGCCUUCAUUCGUCUUUGCGAAUGACGACUCGGCCAACACGCCUAUCAGCAUGAACAGCGAGGGUUUCCCCGAAAUGCUGGACGAUGGAAAGGCGGCGCCCUCGUACAUUUACUCGAAGUACUCGCUUCCUAGAGGCAAAAUCAUUCAGCGAUCAGUUCCUCUCGAUCCUCACCCCCAAGCUUCUUACCACUGGGAGCAGCCCAUGACGCAACCCAGCAACGUCCAGGCCAUCGCCCACGGGGCGCCUCCGUCUCCUCCGACCCGGCCCUCCAGCUCAGCGGAACCUGGUGCUCCGGAAGACCUCAACUUGGCCAAGUCUGGCAUGAACCGCGGCGGUCCCGCGCCGCAGCCAUCCCCCAACCCUAGCCGUCCGUCUACUGAAAGCCGACCCUCGGAGGAGAACCCGAGAGGCCGUGGUCUGACUUCACCCGCACACGAGGCCGCCCGUGGCCAGACUGCCAUGUCUAUGGCUACCACUGAUUCUAACAGCACGCUCAAGGGUGCCCGAUCUAUGGCUUCGGGUGCGCCUACCACCUCAGACAUGACUCCUGAGGAGCACUUGGCCAAGGGCAUUGAGUGCCACGAGAAUGGCUCAGUCAAGGAGUCUACUUACCACCUCCGCCACGCUGCCCGGGGCGGCAACCCCACGGGUAUGCUGUUGUAUGCGCUUGCCUGUAGACAUGGCUGGGGCAUGCGACCUAACCAGCGCGAGGGUGUUGAAUGGCUGAGAAAGGCGGCUGAAAGUGCAAGCCUUGAAAUUGCUGAUGACGAAGACCACGUCAAAGAGGGCAAGUUUGUGGAUGCCACGGAGAGGAGGACGCGUAAGGCACAAUUCGCACUCAGCAUUUACGAGCUUGGUGUGAGCCACAUGAACGGAUGGGGUAUCGAGCAAGACAAAGCACUUGCCCUGCGUUGCUUUGAGAUCGCUGGAUCUUGGGGUGAUGUUGAUGCGUUGGCUGAGGCAGGUUUCUGCUAUGCUCAGGGCAUCGGAUGCAAGAAGAACCUGAAGAAGGCUGCCGGUUUCUAUCGGCAAGCUGAAGCCAAGGGAAUGAACAUGGUUGGCAACAGCUGGAUCCACAAGUCAAAGUACAAUGACGAAGACAGCACUGCCAAGAAGUCACGCAGCAAGUCCAGAACACGCACCAUGUUUGGCAAGAAGACCGGCUAG